ACAAGCAAACAUCGUGGGUAGGUUAGUGAAAGGGUUGCCACCUCCACCACCACAUCUCAGCAACUGCAAAGCGUCACCACUCACCACCAUUUAGCUCAUCAGCGCAAUACCUAACACGUUUUAAGAACCACCCUGCUCCGUCCUCACAAAGCCUUGUAGUUGUAGCUAAGCUAAACUAGCUAGCCCUCAACAACACCACAAUUAAACGACCCACUCCAUUAGUUUUCUUUUCCCAGCUCAUCAGCUAGUAGCUCCAACUCCAGCUCGCGCUCCCAUGGCUGCAGGUGGUGCAGCUGCAGCCUCCACAGGCUACUGGUCGCUUGCGAUCGGCGCAAUGCGUGCGGCCAUGGUGUGCUGGGUCUGCUUGGCCUACAUGCGCGGCGUGUGCGACUGGUUGCCGCCGCCAUUGCCGGCGGCAGCAGCAGGGAGCACGAGCACCCCGCGUGUGGGGCUGCUGUCGGUGCUCUUCUUGGCGGCCGUGGCGCUUUCCCUGGUGGCGGGGUGGUUCCUGAACGCCGUCCGGCCGCCUCCGCCGACGCCGUGCGGGACGCCCGGCGGGCCCCCGGUGACCGCGCCCAGGGUCCGGAUGCGCGACGGGCGGUACCUGGCGUACGCCGAGUCCGGCGUGAGCAAGGACAGGGCGCGCUUCAAGGUCGUCUACUCCCACGGCUUCUCCGGCGGCCGCAUGGACUCGCCCCGCGCCUCCCAGGAGCUGCUGGAGGAGCUGGGCGUGUACAUGGUGGCGUUCGACCGGGCAGGGUACGGCGAGAGCGACCCGGACCGGCGGCGGUCGGUGGAGAGCGCGGCGAGGGACAUCGAGGACCUCGCCGACGCGCUGGAGCUCGGCGAGAGGUUCCACCUCGUCUGCUCCUCGCUCGGCUCCCACGCCGGCUGGGCCGCCAUCAGGUACAUCCCGCACAGGCUGGCCGGGCUGGCCAUGAUGGCGCCGGUCAUCAACUACCGCUGGCGGGGGCUGCCGCGGGCGCUGGCACGGCAGCUCUACAGGAAGCAGACCGCCGGCGACCAGUGGUCGCUCCGGGUCGCCUACUACGCGCCGUGGCUGCUGCACUGGUGGAUGAGCCAGCCAUGGCUGCCCACCUCCACCGUCAUCGACGGCUCCGCGCCUUUCCCCAACGCGCUCGACGAGAAGAACCGCGUCAUGGCGCUCUCCAACGGCAUGUUCCACUCGAGGGCGAGGCUGGCGACGCAGCAGGGGGUGCAGGAGUCCUUCUACCGCGACAUGGCGGUCAUGUUCGGGAGGUGGCCGGAGUUCGAGCCGACGGACCUCGAGAAGCCGCCGUUCCCGGUGCACCUGUUCCAGGGCGACGAGGACGGCGUCGUGCCCGUGCAGCUGCAGCGGCACAUAUGCCGCAAGCUCGGCUGGGUCAACUACCACGAGCUCCCCGGUACUGGCCACUUCUUGUCAGCGGUGACAGGACUCGGCGACAGGAUCGUCAGCACGCUCCUGUCAUCGCCGCCGGCGUCGGCGUGAACUGAUCCAGGACUCGCAUCUAGCGAGCUACGUAGUACAUGACUGAUCUGUUGUAGCUGCAUGUAUCGAACCAAUGCUGGUCGGUGAAGAAAGGCAAUUCCUGUGAGCUCAGGCUUUACUGCUAUUGUACCAAGAAACUGAAUAGAAGAAAGCACUUUUUAUA